UUAGUUUUAUUGACUUUCUCUUAGCUUCGUUACGACGCUGGGAUUCCAAAUUCAUGCCCGAAACUCAAAACUCUUCUUCAGUCAUCCCUGCCUUCUUCUCACGCUAACUCACUUCUCUUCAGUCCAUAUAAAUACUUUCACGGUUUCACCCUAAAUUUACUUUCUCUCUCCUCUUUUUCCCUCUCUUCAUCUCUGCAUAAUUCUCGAAAAUCCCAUAUCUUAGUUCCUCUUUUACUACUCUAAUGUCGACAUUUUCAUCUCUUACCAAUAUAAGUCAAAACCCAAAUCCAAAUAAAUCAUAUGAGGUGCCUCAACCACCAGGUGAUUCAGUUUCUAGCCUAAAUUUUAGUCCCAAAGCUAAUCACCUUGUUGCUACUUCAUGGGAUAAUCAGGUGCGUUGUUGGGAGAUAAUGCAUAGUGGAACAAAUGUCAGCAGUACACCAAAGGCAGUCAUAUCUCAUGAGCAGCCGGUUCUCUGCUCAGCUUGGAAGGAUGAUGGAACAACUGUCUUUUCAGGAGGCUGUGACAAACAGGCAAAGAUGUGGCCCUUGUUGUCUGGUGGCCAACCAAUUACUGUAGCUAUGCAUGAUGCACCUAUAAAUCAGAUGGCUUGGAUUCCUGAAAUGAGUCUUCUGGUUACUGGGAGCUGGGACAAAACACUUAGGUACUGGGACACUAGGCAGCCAAAUCCUGUCCACACCCAACAACUGCCAGAGCGCUGCUAUGCACUGACAGUGCGGCAUCCUCUUAUGGUUGUUGGAACAGCAGAUAGGAAUCUCAUAGUCUUCAAUUUGCAAAACCCGCAGACUGAAUUCAAAAGGAUAAUGUCACCACUUAAAUACCAGACAAGAUGUGUUGCUGCAUUUCCUGAUAAGCAAGGAUUUUUGGUCGGAUCAAUUGAAGGACGGGUUGGAGUUCAUCAUCUGGAUGAUGCACCAGCACAACAAAACAAGAAUUUUACUUUCAAAUGUCAUAGAGAGGGCUCUGAGAUUUAUUCUGUCAACUCUUUGAACUUCCAUCCUGUACAUGGCACUUUUGCAACUGCAGGAUCUGAUGGUGCUUUUAAUUUCUGGGACAAAGACAGUAAACAGAGAUUGAAGGCCAUGUCGAGAUGCAGUCAGCCAAUACCUUGUAGUUCGUUCAACACUGAUGGAUCUAUCUAUGCAUACUCGUCAUGUUAUGACUGGAGUAAAGGUGCUGAGAACCAUAACCCCACUACUGCAAAGUCCUACAUAUUUUUACACUUACCACAGGAGUCUGAGGUGAAAGGAAAGCCAAGAGUUGGCGGCACUAGUCGUCGAUGAAGCCCUGGUGUUUGGAGCUCAUGCAGUUCACCUGCUGUGUAUAUGGAAAGUAGUUUGGAUAUCUCUCUCUUUUGAGUAGCUGGUGUUUUGACCGUCUUGAAUUUUGAGCUUCCUUUCUAAAAUCUACGUGUUCCAUGUCUAUAUGUUGCUUUUCUUGGCUUAGUUCGUUGAUAAGUUGGUAAAUAGUAAAUCUAUGAUUUAAAAAAAAAUCUGUAUUUAUGAGGUUCAUAGCUUCAAUUAGCAAAAGCAGCUUCUAUUUGCAUAACAGUAUGUCCAGAUUAGCAUAAAGUACCAAAAAACUAUGUAGGAUGAGUUCGAUUUAUGGUUUUUGGGGGGAAUGUUAGUGAAUUGUGUUAGACCUUAUGAAUGGUCAUUGGCACAGAAAGCUACAGUUUUCAUGGAGUACAAACUCAUAGCACCAAUACGCUAUUGUUUUGUA